AGGCAAAAUGGAUUAACAGGGAACGUGUUUUAGUAUUCGCUACUCGUGGAAUAAGUUUUCAGCAUCGUCAUCUAAUGAAAGAUGUAAUCAAAAUGUUGCCUCACUCAAAACCAGCCCAUAAGAUGGAGCGUAAAGAAAAUUUGUUUGUGGUGAACGAGGUAUGUUCCAUAAAUAAUUAAUUACAAUGUUCUCAGGUACAUAUUUUUUAAAUUUACUACUUUUAGAUUUGCAAAAUGUCUCAUUGUAAUAAGUGUAUUUUAUUCGAUGGCAGACUUCAAAGGGAUUUGUACAUGUGGUUUUCAAAUUGUCCCGACGGGCCUAGUAUUAAGUUCAAUGUAGAGAGUAGUAGGUAUUUUUUGUAAAAUGUUAAUCAAAUUAUUUUUCUAACCAAUGACGUUUUGUUAUUUUAGUAUACACAAGUGCUGAACUGAAAUUGACUGGCAAUUGCUUAAAAGGUUCAAGACCAAUAUUAUCAUUUGACAAUUCAUUUGAAGAGCAUCCUCAUUUUUCAUUGUUAAGAGAGAUGUUCACACAAAUAUUUGGUGUGCCCAAUCAUCACCCUAAGAGUCAGCCAUUUGUUGAUAAUGUUUUGAAUUUUUCUGUAUUGGAUAAUAGAAUUUGGUUUAGAAAUUAUCAAAUAUUGAACGAGGAUGGUGCAAUUGCUGAGAUUGGUAAAUUCAAUUUUCUUUUUAAAUUAGGUUUUUUUUAAUACUUACAAUAAACAACUUUACUUUUGAUCAUUAGGUCCAAGAUUUGUUCUACAACCAAUUCGUAUUUUUAAAGGAAGUUUUUGUGGUGAAACACUUUGGGAAAAUCCAUUUUAUGUUACACCAGCAAAGGUAUUAAAUCAUAAAUUGCUUUAAAAACCAAAUAUUAUUUCCCUCGUUAUUUUAUUAUUUAGUCAAGGCGUUUAUUGAAGAGCAAAAAAGAUGACAAAUAUGCAAAUAAUAAAAUUCAGCGUAAAGCAAAGAAGACUAAGGAAUUGCUUGCACCAUUCCGCGUCAAACCAGAAAAUGAAAUAUUUAGGGACGGUGAUAUAAAAGAUAAGGCUAAAAGAAUCCUGUUAUCCAAGAAAAAAUGAAAUACUUUUAAAUGUUAAAUGAAUUAAACUUUAUAUUACGUUUGUAAAAUAAAUAAUAUUUGUCAUAAAAUUAGUGGCUAUUAUAAUACUAGAAUUGAUAAAAUUUGAAAAUAAAACAUUAAUUACCUACACACACAUAAACACACAUAACUUAAAAAAAAAAAUAUAUAUAUAUAUGUAUAUAAUAUAUGUACAGUAUUUUCCAACACAAAACAAACAAUAUUAAUAUAGAAAUAAAGUGAGCAAAUAUUUACAAUUAAAUAUUGGGUAUACUUUAAGUUAAAAGUUAUAUAUUUAGAUAAAUAGAUUUUUAAAUUUAAUUUUUCGAUUUAUAAAAAAGAUUUUUCAGACGCUAAAUCCAUGAUCUUAACUAGACAUUGUCCAAACUCUUCAAUUAUUAUACGUUGACAUUCUUCAGCACCAGCAUUUAGUUUUUUUGCUUCCAUGCCACGAGCUAAAAGACACCGGCAUGUAGCUUGUACUACAUUGUUUGUAAAAAAUUUAAAGGGUUGACUGAAAAAAUAAAAACAUAGAAACACUAUAAUCUAUUUAAUAUUAAAUUAAUUUUUGUCUGAAAUUGUAUAAUAUACAUUUCAUACCUUGGUAUAGCAUUUGCAGCUUGCAUGCUACCAAAUGACGUAAUAAAAUUUGCAGAUUUCGUUCUUGUUUUCAAAUGUUCUAUACUGAGCGAUCCUCCAGAAUUAUCACCAUAUGAUGUGUGUGAAUCAUCGUCCAUAUUACGGCAUCCGACACAUUUACAAUUUUGAGAGCAUGCUAUACGAGCCUCAAAGCAUUCACAAUAAUUUUUCAAACAUCCUGAUCUCUUACAGUUACAUCCUUUUGUGUGUUGUCGCUCAGCUUGACCCACGAAACUUUUGAUUUUUGGUCGAAAUGCAUGUGGAUUUCUAUCUAAUACCGCACGAAUUGCCUGUGCUCUAUCAUCUUCAUGUUCAAUAUUGUUAAAACACGAAUUACAGUUACACUGAUAACAAAAUUCACCAUUGGCAAAACAGUCGCAGUACCUAAAAUAAUUCAUAACAAUUUAUAAGCACUACCACUACCAAUAUGAAUAAAUAAAAUUACUUACAGUUUAAGGCAUUGCGAUCUAGUACAGUUGCAUGGUUUUUUUGUUUUGUUUACAUCGUUUAUUAAUUUGGGUUUCGGUUCGGACAAUCCAGGUAAUCCAGCGGAUGAUGAUGGUCUACCAACUUUUGGUAAAUUAGGGGAACUUAAAUUAGUUUCUUUUUCGUCCUCUUUUUUCAGUUUUUUUAGAGGAACAAUAUUAUCUUCAAUAAUAAAUUCUUCUUUGAUUAUUUUCGGAGUAGAAAUCUUAAACAUGCAUUAACAAUUAAUAACAAAUAAUAAAAUUUUUUUUUUUUCAAUUACUUGUUUAGAAUUUGUAGAGUUCAACGACGGAAUAUUGGAACUAGAUUUUUUUGGUUCUAUAGAUGAACUAGUACUAGGUUUACUCGCAGGUAAUAUUGGUCUUUGUUGACUAGUUGUAACAGUCUAAAAAUGAAAAAUAAUUUUAAAGUCAUAUAAAUAUAAAAUGUAUUAUAGUUAUACAUGUGAUGGGGCAGAAAAAACUUUUAUAUGAUUAGCAGUAACUGGAUGUUGAUUGUUAGCAGUAGAAGUGGUUUUGGUUAUAGUUGUCGUUUUAACAUUUGAUUUUGCUGUAGAAGUGGAUAAAGUGACUAUUUGAGGUUGUUGUUUUGCUGUUACUGUUGUGGAAGUUACAACAGGCAUAGUUGAAGAUGCUAUACUACUUGUGGCGGUUGUGGGAACAAUUCUAAUGUAUUGAACCUAAUGCAAAUAAAAAUAUAGUUAAAUGUAAUUUUACUUAAAACUUAAAAUAAAACAAUUUUACUUGUUUAUUUGGUAGCACUUGUUGUAUUCCUGAUGUCACUGGCAUUCUAACUUUUUGUAUACCGGCAACAGUUGUAGCGUUUACAGUUGGCAAACGUAUAUGUUGAAUAGUUGAUACUGAUGAUGAAGGACCAUGAGUAACUAUCGAUGGUAAUCUAAUAACUUGAUUUCCACUGCUGCUAGUAGAUACCAAUGUACCUUGUUUAAAAAGGCCUCCCUAAACAUAUAAUUAUUAAGAAUUAGUUUUUGUCUUUAUUCACAUAUGUUUGAAAUAAUUUAUGAUUUAAGUAAUAUUACUUGGCGUAUAAAAAUUUUUUGUUGUUGCAUCAUUGGAUUUUUAGUUGUUAUUAAAGUUGGCGCAGGCAAGAUUUUGGUAGGUACAGAUGAUUUCAAAGUACUUGUUCCUUUUUUUAUUGGACCCGAAAUUUUAUUUACUACCAUGUUCUAUAAAAUAAUAUUAUAACAUUAAGUCUAAAAUUAAAUAGCUUAAAUCAGAAACUAUCUAAGUCCACCUUUUAAGAUAAAAAAAAAGAAAGAUGUCCUAUGGGCGGUGCAGCCACUGUUAUAGGUAAUUUAACGUAUACCUGUCAGUAAGAUAAACCAUGGCUUACAAAAAAACAAUUCUGAGCAGAGUUCAGUUGAUAGUGAUGCUUUGCCAACAAUAUAUAUGCCAUAUUAUAGUAAAAUAAUUAGAUUCUAUAUAUUUUCUUUAGUAAUAUUUGUUUAAUGUUGUACCGUAUUUCUCAGUUUUCCUACAAAUUUAUUUCCCAGUUUACUUAUGUUUAUAUCCAGUUUUUCACAUUUGCUGAGAAAACCCAGGGAAAAAUUGAUAAAUGACCUCUUUAAAGUACUUCUCCAGUGGAAUUUUCUUUUAGAAAAAUUGCUAUCAUUAUAGGUUGGAGCAAAAUUGCUGGUAAAAAAGUUGUCCACAAAAAAAAAAAACCUUAAUAUUAUAGAAAUUUAUUUUGUAAACUUUCAUUUUUUCACAUUUAAUGAGAAAACUCUUUAGGAAAUCGAAAAAUUAUCUCUCUAAAGUAUCUCCCCAAGAUACAAGUUCUGAGGUUUAAAGUUGUUCACCGAAAAAAAAAAAAAUAAACAUCUUUGUAAAACCAUAAGCUUCUUCGCUCCACUCAGAAUCAUAUAACAUAAAAACUGUUGUACUGCUACGAAACAGUUUCUUUUAAAAACUUCUGAAAAUUACUAAAAACACUUGACCAUUAAUUCAUGCAGAUACCAAUGUUGUUUUGAUUAAAUAACAUACUGUGAGAGAGGGAAAAAUAUUUUGUAAAUUUACCACAUAUAGGAUUUUUGCAAUAAACAACAUUACUAUGCCCGCUUUUAAAUUAUUCUCUUUUAAUUAGUCAAAAAAUUAGUGUUCCCCUUUUUACCAAAGGCAGUGCUUUGUCAUUGAAAAUUUAGACCUCCAUUCUUCUCUGUCCAAAGCCAAUACCUGAAAAUCAACAUAGCAGAUGCAAUCAGCUUGUCUCACCUUACCUCCAAUAAAUGUUUUCCCGAGUGUUCCUUUUCCUUUAUGAAUAAUUUUCCACUUUUUUCCUUUAAACUAAACAGAAAUCAAUUUCCUUUACUUGGUUAAAUAAAUUUCAAUUAUUUUUCAUAUCUCUUUUAACUGACCCUCAUUAUUCUUCCCCAAAUCUACAUUCCCAUAGUCUUUGUCUUAUUUAAUGAUACCACCGUGUUUCACAACCACUUAAAGACACUACACAUUUGACAAAAUAUGUCCUCAUCUUCAUUUAUCAUCAAGUUUUGUAUUUGUAAGUAAUUAUUAAUACUUUUUUUUACAUCUGCUACAUUACUAUUUGCUGUGUAACUUUUAUCGACAUCUCCCAUCACUAUAGUCAGGUAGGCAACCAAAACUUGUCUGUUCUCGCGCAUUCCUACAGCGAGUAGAUAGUAGAGUGGGAAAAAUUUGGUCACAAAACCAAGGAGCUCUUUCAAUUAGAUGUGCGAAGAAGUAGCGUUCACUUAUUGGACGGACUAUAACAAUUGUACUUCCCAGAUAUUUAAAUUGUUGGAUUUGCUUGAUUGAAUAGCUGUAUAUUUGUGAUCCUACAAGGUACUACUAUCUUAUUAAUCACAGCCAUUACUUUGAUUUUCUUUACAUUUAUUUUUAUUUGGUACUUCUAUGGCAUCUUAGAAAAGACAGUUAAAGAUUCUUGCAAGUCUGUUUCUGAUUUAGACACUAAUGCAUUAUAAUCUGCACAUCUUUUCUUUAUUCAUGUUUGUAAUAAGCAUGGAGUUCCUUUUAAACUGAUCUGUUAUCUUUUCUAAAAAUAAAUUGAAUAAAUAUGGUGACAUGAAGCAACCUUGCUUUACCCCUCUCCUAAUAUAUGCUAUGGUACUAUGUGCCCGACCUCUCAUUUCUCGAUUUUUUUUAUAUAACUGUAUUUUCCCAGUCUUUUCUAUAGACUAGUUUAGUCUAGUCUGGCUUCCUUCAUAGCUUCAUCAGUAUACCACAAUGCAUUGUAUUAAAUGCUUUUUAAGUUAUAAAUGUAGUCCAAUUUAGUCUUUUUUCUAUAAGUACCCUGUCAGAAUUGCUUUCUUCAAACCAACUCCUUGUCUAAAUUAAAAUUGAUCUUUAUCAAGUGUUUCUUUGAUUUUAUUUUAUGAAAUUCCCUUUUUAGGGUUAGGAUGAUUUUGUUUUUAUUAAAGUUGUUUAGAGUUUUCUAUUUUGAUAUAUUUUCUCAAUUAUUUCAAAAUACAAUAAAUCUAAUACCUUCUCAGGGAAAAACACAUACAUAAAAUAUAUAAAUUAAAUAAAAUAAAAGUGUUUAUAAAAAGAUUGAGUAUACUUUUAAUGAACAAAAUUUCAUUUUAAAUUAUUUUAACUUAUUUCAGUAGCCCCCUAAGUAGAUAUGAUUGAGAUAGUAAACAUGAAUACAUUUAUAAAACAGUACUAUGUGGAUUUCUUUGGUAAACAAACAUUUCAAAGCCAUAAAAUGUUGCAAAGAAACUAGUUCUCAAUGGGAUUUUUGACCUACCUCCAAACUGUUUAGGGAGUUUUAGAAAUAAGCAGUUCUGUUCAACUGUAGUUUUUAAUCAUAUAGUUAUUAUAACAUACUUUGUUUUGAGUGGCAUUUGUAUUCGAUGCCACUGGUUGGAGUCGACAACCUGGAGCAAGUAAACCCAUUUGGUGUGCUUGGGUUAGUGUUAUAGUCCUAGUAGAGCUUAUCUGUGACCUUUGUCCAAUUGGGACAUUUAAUAAAAUUUGUUGAGUACUUCUUCCAGUACUUGUACUUGGUAUUGUAUUAACCAUCACUUUUGUAAGUAACUGAAAAAAAUGUUGUAUUAAAUAAAUAAAUAAAAUAAAUUGUUAUUAUUAUAAUAAUUUAAUCGUACUGAUUUUUUUGAUUGUGGAUUUCCUUGUACACUCCCUUGUGGUGCACUUCUUUUAAUGGCACUUGAAGAACUACCAACGGAUAGAAUCUCAGGAAAUUGCAAUUUUUGUUUAAAACUAAGAAUUCCAUUUUCUUGUUCAUCAUUUUUAUGUUCUGAUUUAAUAUGUGUUAGAACAUCUGAAUCAAAUUGAUUUUCAGAUGAAUCUAUUUCAUCUUUGUCAUUUUGUAUUUCUUCUUCACUAUUAUUGAAAGUGGCACCUGAAGGAACACAAACUUCUUCUUCAAUCAUAUGACUAUCUUCAGUUAUUUGUUCUGCAACUUCUUCAGGUCGAUCUGGAUUAUUAUAUAAUUCAAGUUCAGCUUGCAAUCGUUCAAGAGCUUCAUAUUCACCAGACAUUAAUUUUUCAGAAGAACCCAUCAUUGACAUGUAAUCACUAUCUAAUACAUUGUUACCCCUUAAAUCUUGACUACCAAAAUCUAAAAAAUAAAUAAUGAUUUAUUUAAAUUUAUUAAUGUAAUAUAGGCAACAAAUAUGCAUACAAGUAUGGAAAUUAAUAGACACACUUGUAAUAGUUAUUUAUAUUAAAACAAUUGAUUUUUUUCAAAACUAUUUAACUUCUAUGAUGAACCUAGUUCAUCAUAUAAGUAAGUAUAAUACAGGUAGCAUUUAAUAUAUUAUUAUUAGCUUCAUUUAUGAAUGUUUUUAGAAACUUGUGUGAAUAUUAAGUAGGUAUUAAUAUACAUAUAUAUAUAUAUAUAUAUAUAUACUUAAAUUCACUGUUUUCUGGUUUCAACUGUUAUUUGAUAAACUAAUAUAAAUGUAAAUUUAAAGAAAAUAUAUAGAUUAUUACUUAUAUUAUACUUAUAUAUUACCAAUUGAUUGAUAAAAUGUGGUCAUUCACCUCUUGAAUUUAAAAAAGGAAGUGAAUAAUUUCGAGGUCAAAACAAAUCAAAAUUAGUACAAAAGAAUUAAGUUUUUUUUUAAGUAAACAAAAUGGGUAAAAAUAAUACUUUUGUGCUUCAAUGAUUUAUUUAUAUUUAAUAUUUACUGAAUUAUUUAAUGUAUUUUAUAUCAUACUAAUUAAACAAUAGUUCAGUAAUUAGAUUUGAAUUUAUAUAUCUUACAUUACGAGAUAAAUAGGUACAAGUUAAUAAUAUAAUAUUUAAGAAAUAAUGGUCUAUGAAUAACUAGUGUAUGUCUUUGUUUUCUUGUUUUUAUUAUUCUUAACUGUUUUAGUCUAUAAUCUGUACAAUAUAUAACAUAUUUUUUAUAUAUAUUAUUAACUUAUAUUUGUAUACAAUAUCAUAUUCUGAUUAUUACGUUUUGCAUUAAGUAACACAGAAAAUACAUAAAUGCAAUACCCAGUUGUAAAAACAUAUAAAGGUUUCUAAUUACUUACAUAAUUGUAUUUUUAACAUUUUUCAAAUUAAAUUAUCAAUGGAUAAUUAUUUUUUAUUGGUAAUGUUUAUUUAGCAAAUAAAAUUUAAUUUAAAUAUUAUAAAAGAAGCUGAUUGGUCAGAUCAAAAUAGGCUUAAUUUAAAUUAAUUUUCUUACAAAAGAUUGUUAUGAUUAUAUUUAAAAAAAAAUCAUUGUAUACACUUCACUGUCUAUGAUUUUUGCAGUAAGCAUAAUCAAUUAUCAGUGAUUUGUAAUAAUUAUAAUCUUUGAAUCAAAUGAGUAAUUGUAAUUCAAUAUUUAAAGGUAGGUACUGCGAUUAACUGCAUUACCUACCAAGUUAAUUUAGAUUUGAAUCAUGACAAGCCAUGAGAGGUAAAUAAUUUAAGUUGACGCAUAGUCGAAUAGAUGACCAGGAGACUGGCACUCGAAACGGCAUGUACAUAGGCAUCGACCGUCUAUGUCCACAAACACUGUUAUGCAACGAGUCACUGCCGUCAUAAUUUUGUACACACCUGCGUUAGACAUGAUGAGUGUUGGUAGAGGAACUGGGUCGGCUACGCCAAAGGUCUGUAGUCUUAGACGAGAGUCAGUCUCGUCUUGGAUAAUGUCGGUCACGCCCUGCAGGGCUGUUGUUUAGUGGUCAGAGAUGGAUGAACGGCGGCGUCCGCGUACUGCACGGCGAUUGACGGCACCCUGAAAUUAAUUGCAGUGAGCUUACGGACCAUAUUUGGCGGACGAAGACUGUGGAAAAUUGCGCGUUUUUGAAGCGUUGUAACACCAUAUUUGAUUUUCAAAAAAUUUUUACCAUUGACCAAUCGCAUUCGUCCGAUACGUGGGCACUCGAUAACAACAACAAAACACGAAAAUGGGCGCUCAUUUAUGAUGGCUAGCUGACGCUAAAAUACUUACGCGGGAUGUUUUAAUAAACGCGCAGCCGAAUCUGUAUUUUUCGUGCGCUAUAGCCUAUUCGCGAUACAUGAAAUUGAUCGGAUAAACACGUCGGUAGGAGGUCUACAAUCGUAAAUACUUUGAAAUGAACUUUUCAAAAAUUCAAAAGUCAACUUGGCUUGCGGUUAGUGGUUACCCUGUGAUUACAAUGAUUAAACACAAAAACAUACUAUACCGCGGUCGUAUACUUAACCACUUGGUUACCUAUGCCGCCCAUUUUAUAUGAUACGAUACCGUUUGUGUUGAUAACAUUAUCCCAUCUUAUUAUUGAAUAUCAUAUCUAUAUAUAAUACCUAUAAUUAUUAGUUAAUAGUUUGUAAUUUGUAUAUUUUAUUUUAUUAUUAUGGGGGAGUGUGGGCACAGCAAAUGGUAUUAUAAUAUUAUAAUUUCUAUAAUUUAGUUAUUAUUAUUAUUUUUAUGUACAUAUUCGUUUAAUUUUAAGUUUUACGUUCGUGUUUUCGUCUUUGGACUAUUACAAUGCAUUAGUCCAGGUUUUUAUGAGCUAAUUGUUAAGACCCACAUUCUUAAGUAUAAAAAAAAAAACCAAUAAUGUCUUUUUUAGAA